CAGUUAGGAAGGUUGGGACUAUAUAUAUAUAUAUAGAGUUAGAGAGAGAAACAUAACAAACCGAAAAGCUAGAGAGAGAGAGAGCGAGAAGGCGACGAUGGAAGGAGAAACGGAGGAGCGAAGCGAUUUGAAGCUGGUUGCUGUUGCCGCCUCCGACGCUAAUGGCGAUGGCGCAUCCGUCGCGGUUGACGGCGCGGAGGCGAUGGUGCUGGAUGGCGGUGGGGAUGAGAACUGCGGCAGCGGUGGAAAAGUGAAGGGGCCGUGGUCGCCGGAGGAAGACGCGAUACUGUGCGAGCUGGUGAGUAAGUUCGGGGCGAGGAAUUGGACCUUGAUCGCCCGGGGAAUCCCGGGGCGGUCUGGGAAGUCGUGCCGCCUUCGCUGGUGUAAUCAGCUUGACCCUGCUGUUAAGCGCAAACCUUUUUCCGAGGAAGAAGACCAGAUUAUAAUUGCUGCACAUGCAAUUCAUGGAAAUAAAUGGGCCUCGAUUGCAAAAAUGCUCCCAGGUAGAACAGACAAUGCAAUCAAGAACCACUGGAAUUCUACUUUAAGACGUCGGUUUGCAGCAACUAAUAGGUCUACAUUACAAUGUGGGAACAUGUUUGACGACCAGAGUGUUGACAGGGCCAGGGCAUCGUCUGAAGAAACCAAGUCAUGCGGAUAUAUCAACCAAUAUAAAUCCCUGGAGGGAGGGGACACGAGCCAUGCGGAAUGCAGGCCCAACCAAACUGAGGACACGCCUCAGGUGAUUGAGAAGUGUUGUGCUCCAGACAAAACUUCGCCUGUCAUUUAUGAAAGCAAUCUCCCUGCUCCUGCUGCAAACAGCAACCCUUCUGUCUCCCGCCCUGUUGCUAAAAUUGGUGCGUUUAAUGUUUAUUACCCUUCCAGUGCUGGCUGUGCAUCUUCUAGCACAAUGCCUAUGCAGGGCCCUCUCAUCCACCCAUCCAUGCCAGACUUGGAGAUCUGCAACUUUCUCAAAAGCGCAUCUACUGAUCCCUUGAUUCCUUCACAGUGCGGCCAUGGAUGCUGCAGAGCUCCCUGUGGUGGCGGUUCUUCUCAAAGCUCAUUGCUGGGGCCCGAGUUCAUUGAAUUCGAGGAACUCCCUCCGAUUUCCAGCCACAAGUUGGCUGCCAUAGCCAAAGACCUGAACAACGUCGCCUGGAUAAGAAGCAGCCUCGAGAAUCCUGACAGAGUACCAGACAGCAGAACUCCUCUAUAUGCUUCAACCAAUACAGAGAUGGAACACAGCAUGAAAACCGACCAGCUUUGCUUUGAAGGUAGAAACCAGUUAACAGUGCCAACCACAAAUACCUUUCCAAAACUUCUCCAGUUUGCAACCUGAAAGCUAUUGGCUUUAUCUAUACAAUACAUGUAUGGUUUUUUGUGUUAAACUCUUCUUGCCUAUUAGGAGAGAUUGGAGCAGAAUUUUUGUAAUGUGCAUUUGCAUCCUUUGUCUAUACAUCUAUGGUUACUUCAAAUAUAACUUCUAAUUCAAAUAUUCAUCUCA